AAACUCUGUAACACUUCACAUAUUGUCCACCCAAAUCCAACUACUCUAAUGUCCUUAUAAAUAUCAUAGCGACUCUCACUUCAAGCUACAUUGCUUGCUUCAACAACCUCCUCUCCCCAGUUGAUCUCUCUCAUUGUAGCUUCUGUAGCUAAUUAAUUAAUUAGCUAGCAUUAAAAUGGCUAAGAAUGUAGCUCAGUCCACUCUUGAGAAAAAUAGCUUGGCUUCACUGGAUCAAAAGAUGGCCAUGGCAAAGCGGUGCUCUCAUGAAGGAGUAGUUGCAGGAGCCAAAGCAGCUGUUGUUGCUUCCAUUGCCACUGCCAUUCCAACUCUGGCUAGUGCAAGAAUGCUGCCUUGGGCAAGAGCUAAUAUCAACCACAGUGCUCAAGCUCUCAUAAUCUCUACAGUCGCUGGAGCAGCAUAUUUUAUAGUUGCUGACAAGACUGUCCUGGCUACAGCACGUAGGAACUCCUUCAAGAACUCUAAAAUUGAGGCUUGAUUUCUUCGAUAUGGAUAUGAACUUAUGCUAUAUUUUCAUCUAUUACUCUAUGAAGCAGUUGUAUAAAUUAUCCAUCAUCAAUUAACGUAUAAAUAAAGCAUGGUUUGCCAA